AUGUCAAAACGUUGGGGUAGCGACUAUGUGGUUACGGAGCACCGUGAUUUACAGGCUAAUACAAUGGCCGUGGAUGCGACUGGCAAUUACGUGUUACUUGCCGGACGCAGGUGUUUCGCGGUAAAGCAUCUUGACGAGGGUGCUGAUACUUUGAAAAAAUUUCAAAGACAGAGCAAGUAUGAAGUUGGCUCUGCAGAAUGGAAUCCCACAAGUAUAAAUUCUCAUCUAUGCGCUGUAUCGAGCAAUACACGCAUUGAAAUAUUGUCCCUUACUGGAACUGGUGGACAUGACCUACAAACUACAAAUAGCCUGAAGGCACAUACAAGAGUAGUAAGUGACUUAAACUGGCAUCCCAAAGAACCAGAUACCAUUGCUUCCUGCAGUAUUGAUACAUUUAUACACAUUUGGGACAUAAGAGAUCAAAGAAGACCUUGUUUAUCAUUGUCUGCAGUUGCUGGUUCCUCUCAAGUAAGAUGGAACUCUUUAUCUCCCAACAUGUUGGCUACAGCUCAUGAUGGAGAUAUUAAAAUAUGGGAUCAAAGAAAAGGAAACAGUCCUAUGCAGUACAUAGCUGCUCAUCUAACAAAAAUACAUGGUUUAGAUUGGUGUCCAUUUCAACAAAAUCAAUUAGCAACUUCUAGUCAAGAUUGUACAGUGAAAAUCUUUGAUAUAAAUAAUCCGCGUAGGGCUGAAAGUAUUUUAACAACAAAUUCACCAGUAUGGAGAGCUAGAUAUACGCCAUUUGGAGAAGGAUUGGUGACAAUAGUGGUACCGCAAUUACGGCGAGGGGAAAAUAGUUUGUUACUAUGGAACACGACAAACCUUAGUUCCCCUAUUUAUACUUUUGUAGGACAUACUGAUGUUGUUCUUGAAUUUCAAUGGAGACAUCAAAAAUUAGAAAAUAGUGACUUUGAAUUAAUUACUUGGUCAAAGGAUCAAUGCUUAAGGAUAUAUAAAAUUGAUCCUUUUCUAAAGAAAUUAUGUGGACAUGGUAUGGAUGAUGGUACCUCAAUUUAUACUCAAUAUUCUGAUGAUAGUAAUUUAAAAACAUUGCAAUCCGUCCAACAAUUACAACUAAGUGAUACUCAAAACGAUCGCGAAAUGAACUGUAUAACAACGAAAGUGGAUGAACCUUCGUUAAAUUCUGAUACAGAUGGAUAUAUUGAAAAUAAUAAAGAAAUAUCAUCCCCUACGCAACCAAAGACGUUACAACAAGAGUUUUCUUUGAUAAACAUGAAUAUACCAAAUAUAGAGGUCAACGCAAUGGAUGCUGUUGAACGUAGUUGUACCGUGACAGCGUCCAAUAAAAGUUACAAUGUGAUAUUAAAAGUAAAUUUCCCGUCAAAUUAUCCAUAUAGCGCGCAACCUACAUUCCAAUUCUGUCCAGGAACAACGAUCGAUAAUGCAACAAUGGCGAAACUUUUGAAAGUCUUAAAACAAACCGCGCAGCAACGUGUUAAAAAGAAUAGAUCAUGUUUAGAACCGUGUCUUAGGCAAUUAAUCACAACCUUGGAGCAAACGUGUAAAAAAGACGAGAAUGAAAGUAGUCAUUUAGGAUACGAUAUUCAAGACAAUGCGAACUUCUUAAGCUCCUCAAACAUGUAUACGAAUUAUCAAGACGCCUGUAUACCGUUUCCCAGAACGUCUGGCGCUAAGUUCUGUUGUGUGGGUAUACUCGUAUGUUUUGGCCGCGCUUCGUACACGCGAAGGUCGUCAAUGAAACCAGAAAGUGCAACGCCUAGGGCACUGUCUGCAUUAGAAAACGGAAUGGGCAAUGGAGAACAUUUCAUGCACAUGUAUCCAAAUUCUUAUGUACAGUCGAACGAUAACAUUCCUAUAAGUUCUUUUUAUUUUCAAGAUCGUAAAAUGAAUCGUGGGUUACAUAACACGAAUAGAAUGAACCACAGAUCAUGUUGUAAAAACUAUCAUUUUAUGGUAAUAAUAUACGAUGCCUCCUCUUUGUUUUUCGUCAACAAGGAGCUUGCUGAAAAAUAUGUCAUCAAUAUCACCGAUAUUCCAGCAAUGUGUCAGUACAAUGCAAAUGUCGCUGCAUCAUUAGAACGUCCUGAUUUAGUUCAGGCAUGGUGUUUAGCUGCCCUUGUAAUAUCUCAACCAGUAUCGAAUGUUGGGCAUAAUUCUUGUCAGUCACCAGAUAUCGAUGCUCCGUGGCCUUUGCAUCCUUUCGGGCAAAAUUUAAUUCACUCAUUAAUACAGCAUUAUGCAAAUCAGUCGGACAUUCAAAUGGCAGGUAUGCUGAGUUGUGCAUUUAGUUAUCGUUCGGAAAACCCAGACGUUACUCAGACACGACUAAACAGCAAGUCUAUUAACAUUAGUAGGCUUUCUACAGGAAAAUGGUGGUUAAAGCCUGGUGGUUCGCCGUACCACACGAUUCAUCUAGCUGAUACCACGCUAGAAGGAUGGAACUUUCAAAAUUUGAAGCAACAUCGAUCCAAUUCAUGGUCUGAUUCGCUAGACGAGUUAAAAUUAAUCCAAGACACGUUUGGUGACUCCGUAAGAAAUAUUAGGUUGCUUGACGAAAAAUAUACCACUCUGUACGACGGCUAUAAGAAAGCAUACGCCGAAGUGUUACACAGGUGGCGAUUAUUAGAUGCGCGUGCACAAGUAUUGAAGCACGUGAGCACAACCCCGUUAGACACGCACAAAGGUGUCGAAUUCCAAAGUGAAUGUCAAUUGUGCGGUAAAGUUAGCAGAGGACCUCAAUGUAUUAGUUGUAAACGAUUAGCAUUGGAAUGUGUUAUUUGUCAUAUCUCCGUGAGAGGUCCAAGCAACUUCUGUAUAUUUUGUGGACACGGAGGACAUACACAACAUUUAGCGACAUGGUUCACUAACGAAACAUUGUGUCCCACAGGCUGUGGAUGUUAUUGCCUGCAGGAAAGUUCUGCCCUCUUAAAGCUGUAAAUAGAAGAGAACAAAAAAGAAAAGAAUUGUACAUAACCG